UUGAUGGACUUUCUAUCGAGCCAGCCCAAGCAGCAACACAACACUUCGAGCCCCAGCGAUCUUGCCGUUACAAGAGUGCAAGAGAAGAUUCAAUGUCUUGGCGCACGAGAUAAGAUAAGAACAACCACUUCGAAUUUCCUGAACCGCAGCCAAAAUGAAAGUCAUCAUCGUCGGCGCAGGUCCUUGUGGCCUCCUGCUCGCAAUACUGCUUCAGAAGGAUGGCAUUGAUGUCACCGUCCUUGACGGCGCUGACAAGCUCGACGACCAGCCUAGGGCAAUUCUUUAUGGCCCCUCGGCGACUGUCGAGCUCGAGAGAGCCGGAGUCUUCGAGCAGAUCAGGACUGAGGGCUAUUCGCCCACCAGUUACAGCUGGCGCACGCCCGACAGCAAAAGGGCUUGUAAACUCUCCAUGCAUGACGUACCUGAGUCUGACGUUAUCCGACCGGCUAUGAUGGGCCUUGGUCGGGUGAUCGAGAUUUUGUAUGAUCGAGCCACAGCGAGUGGCGUACCUGUCACGUUCCAACACCUGGUCACAGGGCUAGGUCAAGAUGAGGGCAAGGCCUGGGUUGAUGUUCAGAUCGGGGUGGACGGGCAUGAGCGGCUCGAGGCUGACAACAUCGUUGGCUGCGACGGAGGCAAGAGCACCAUCCGUCGCACGCUCCUCGGGAAAGACGGCUUCCCAGGCAUGACGUGGGACAAGCAGCUCAUUUCCACCAACGUCUACUAUGAUUUUGAUAAGUACGACUGGGAUGACGCCAAUUUCACUAUGCAUCCUACAAACGGAUUCCUAGCGGCUAGAAUCACCAAGGAUGGCUUGUGGCGUGUAACAUAUAGCGACACACCCGGCCUCGCAAAGGAAGAGUACGAGAAGCGCUUGCCGAUGCGCUACAAGGAGAUCCUUCCUGGCCACCCCGAGCCAGAUCAAUACAAGUUCGUCAGCCUGAGCCCCUACAGAGUUCAUCAGCGCUGUGCUACGAAGUUCCGUGUCGGUCGCUUUUUACUUGUUGGAGAUGCCGCUCAUCUCUGCAGUCCAUUUGGCGGCCUCGGUCUCCCAGGUGGCAUCGAUGACGCGGGCGGCUUGUAUGAUUGUCUCAGCGGAAUCCACAAGGGUCUUGCCGACGACACCAUCCUAGACAUCUACUCUGCCAAGCGUCGGGAGAAAUACCUGGCCAUUAUCGAUCCCACAUCCGCCGCAAACAUCAGGCGCCUCUUCACGGAAAAUGUCGAAGAGACGAUUGCAACAGACCCUAUCUUCGAGCUCGCCAGGAAGGCAGAAACAGACAGGGCCUUCAACUACGCUCUUGCGAGGGGGGACCUUUCUAUGCAGUACGACUUUACUCAACACUACCGCGAGGCAAUACGCUCAUAGCGGCUAGACUGGACUAUGAAAGAUUUCCGACUAUUCAGAUGGGGAUAGUCGGAAAUCUUGGGUAGGGUGGCUGCCCGAGGAAAGAACAAUACGAUAGUCCUGUGCAGUUAUCAUUGUGGCUGACUGGCAAUUGAUGGAGCGGACUACCGUUGCACACUAUGUUCAGGUGUCGUGACGUGCGUGUCCCCAUUACUCAGAGAUCUGCUUUUCCCGCCCUAUCCGAUUGUCAUCUGCCUUCAAUCGGCCCAGACUAGCACCCCACUCCUUGUGUGUUACAUCGCGAUCACAAGCUAGUAAUGGACCUCUCAGCCUGCCUUACCGAUACCAUCAUCCAGGACAAUAAGCUACGAAAUUAUCACAUG